GGGCGGUGACUCGCGCAUGCUCAUUGAGUGAAGCAUGGAGCAGAAUGAAGGUACUGUCUUGGAAUGUGAAUGGUCUCAGAGCCUCAAUAAGAAACUCUGCUAAGAAUUUGAAGGGAUUUUUGGACAGCCUAGAUGCUGAAGUUAUUUGCUUCCAAGAAACAAAGGCAACAAGAGAUCAACUUGAUGAGCCGACCUAUUCUGCUGAUGGCUACAAUGGAUACUUUUCUUUCUGUCGAACACGAUCAGGAUACUCAGGGGUAGUGACAUUUUGCCGAGAUGCUGCCACCCCCCUGACUGCAGAGGAGGGCCUCACUGGUGUACUAUCUAAGGAGAGAGGAGAUUCAGUCAAGUGUUAUGGAUGCAGUGAUCAUUACACUGAGAAGGAGCUGAUUUCAUUGGACGCUGAGGGUCGCUCUGUGCUGACAGAGCAUGAGUUGAGAGAUGGAGGUAGACUGGUAGUAGUGAACGUGUACUGCCCCAUGGUAGAGAGGGGCUCAGACAACCAAGACAGGAUGGACUAUAAACUAAGAUUCUACUCUGCUCUCAAGGAAAGGUGUUCUGCUCUGGAGAAAGCGGGAAAGUCUGUUUUAGUGUUGGGAGAUCUCAACUUCACUAGAGAGGUCAAAGACAGCUCUUAUCUACAAGAAGACCCAAAACUGUUUCAAGACUCUCAUCCUCCCCGAGAUUUUAUGGAGCAUUUCAUCGUCUCCACACCAACUGACCAACCCUCCAAACACUACACACUGCUGGAUACGUUCAGACACCUCAAUCCCACAGUUGACAAAUCGUUCACUUGCUGGUCAACUAUGUUUGACUGUCGAAAAACCAACUAUGGAACGCGCAUUGACUAUAUCCUGUGUAGUAUGGCGUUGUCACACUCUUUAGUCAAAGCCGAGGUAUGGCAUGAUUUUCACGGCUCCGACCACUGUCCUGUUUUUGCUGAGUUUACAUUCUCGCUAACUCCCUCGAGUGUACAGCCGUCACUAAGUGCAACCUACUUCUCUUUCGGCAAGCAAAAGAAGAUAUCUGAUUUUUUCACUUCAAAAUUUAAUAGCGCUCACACUUCCAGUGAUUGUCACCCCCCGCCAACCAAAAAACGAAAGGCUUCUAAACCAUCUGGAACGAAGACUCUACUUUCAUUCAUGCAGCCUCUGCCUCAACAGUUCCAAGCAAGCUCUAAGCGAACCAAAGAAGAAUGUAAACAAGAUUCAACACGGUCGAACACUGAACUAAUUUCACAGACUGAGAGAGAAACUACAGAUUCUAAAGAAGUGUGUACUCAAAUACAAGUAACAAAAACAGAAGCAGAUUGUUCAAUGCUGGCUAGUAAAGAACCUCAAGUAUCACUGCAGAAGAGCACAUCAGGUCUAACUGAAGCCUGGCAGAGUAUUUUCACUGGUCCCCCCAAAGCCCCUCUCUGUCAGGGCCACCAAGAGUUGUGUGUGCUGAGAACAGUCAAGAAACAAGGACCAAAUCUGAACAGGCAGUUCUGGGUGUGUGCUCGACCUUAUGGGAGUAAAAGCGAUCCAACAUCUAGAUGCGAGUAUUUUAAGUGGGUCAAGAAGAAAUGAAAUGAACUGAACAUAUACAGCCUUUAUUUAUUUUCGUCAUUUCUUGUGAUUGUGAUUGUGAUUGUGUGUUUGUAGAGUCAAAUAUAUUUUUUUGUACAUGUACAAUCAUAAUAAUAAUUAUUACAAGUUAUCU